AUGGUUCCUCAAGCCCGUUCCUCUAGCCUCACUCCCUUAGAGGAAGACUCUGACAGUGUUGACACCAGCUCCAGAGCUGACCGCAACCUCGAGUCAAGCUCUGAUGAGCUACCACCAACGCCUUCCUGUCCGCCCCAAAAGAACUUACCUACAACCUUUGAAGCAGAGUUGUUAGCAAUGCUUCCGACAAAACCACCACCAAAUGGAGUGCCGUCAGCCUCGAAUGUCCCAACCACAUCUGUAGAGCUCUUGCCGCCAUCCAGCGACCCAGGAGUCAAACAAUCAUCACCUGUAGUCGGCGAUCGGGCUACUAGGGUGCAACAUAGCAAGAAAAAGGGAUGGAAGAAGCGGUCUGACAAGCUGGCAAAGCAGAAAGCGGACCAGGCAGCGUUGGAGGCAGAGGUGCGCCACAAGAACCUCAUCGCAUCGCUCAACUUACGUAUCAAGGAAACGUACGCUAUCAUGAAUUUUAUAGGAAGGAGGGCUGGAGAACUUCACAACUGGGCUGUUCAGUAUAUUGGGGAGGUUGUGCAGAAAGAGGCGAAGACUAUCACAAAGGAAGCUCGUCUCCGAAAGCCAUUCACACCAGAUAGCCUCACCGGCUUUAGUUUUCUCAGUCUUCGGGAGAAGCUCGAAGAGUGGGCACCAACAAUGAUGGGACUUAUUACCGCGUUAUUGACAUCUGCACGGCAGUUGUGGGAGGGUCUAUCCCCUCAACAGAUGGCUCGUAAAAGUGUGGUCCAAGUUAUCACAGCAAUGACUUGCUUGGGAGAAUACAGCCGCCUGAACACUAUGACCAAAAAUGUUACCUCACUAUUCUUAUAUGCCAGAGGUGCACAACGUCAAGUUACAGCAGUCCUCUCUCACUUCGGACUAUGCACAAGUUAUCCCACCCUCGUUCAGAAGGGCACUACUAGUGCUCUUCCCGCAACCACAUCUGAACCUUCAGUUCUGCCAACUAUCCCUCCCACAUCCACUUCUCUUUUGAAUAAUCUCCCUGAGGCGACCUCUGAAGGCGAACUUUCUGAUUCAUCCUACUACCCAUCUUCGUUGGAAUCCUCAACUGAAGAUUUGAGCAGAGGCGGGAAAAAUAGGAAAAACGGAAUCUUACCAGGGCUUGCAGACCAGUUGCGAGAGAAAGCACGAAAGGUCAUGGCAAAGGGGCUGUUCGGUGGGGUAUUUGACAAUAUCAACUUCAUGUCAAAGGUGGGAGAACAGAUUGUGGGUCGUACUGAUACCCAGGAAAACGGAACCAUGUACACUAUAUGGAAUCUUCUGAACGCCACCCUCGAAGCUCUCUCAUUAGAGGAUUACAACAAAUCAUUUGAUUCUGCACUGGCAUUAACCCCUGAUGAUAUCUUUCUAACUGACCAGGAGGAGGACAUGGCUGAUCAGUGCAUGGUUCACUGUAUUGCCCGCGCCAUUGUUAGUCAAGGCAGCACAGCAUUUCAGCAGCAUGUUUUAGACAUGAAGAAGUCCCUACCAGUGUCCAGUCAUAAAAUCCCAGUCCAUUGUACUGAGGUCCACCCACUCCCUGCCAUGAAUAUUGAUGAAUCAACUAUUGUUGGAAACGUUGAUGUGGAUAGAGCUGUCGUUGAAGUGACUGGGAUGAAGGAGACAUCAUGGUGGAUGAAGAUCGUCUGCAUCAUAGGCGGGGAUCAACUCUCUCUUGCAAGAAUCCGCAGCAUAUUCACCCUCCGUGUGGGAAAGGACGGCGGCUAUUCAGGAUGGGGAUGGGCAGUCUGUUUUACAGGGUUGUUCCAUGCAAAGAUGUCUGACAUACAGGGGACCCUACUCACCCAUUGGGGAAAAUCCAAUGCAGGCACUCGCAACCCAGGUUGUCUUGCUUUCCACAAUACCAUACUCCACCGCCUACCUAUUACCACCAUAUCACUUCCCACUUUUCGAAUCUGUCAAGACCUUGUGUUUGUGUCUCUAUAUGGUCGUGUCUUUCACCUCCUCCUGAAGGUCUCUGGUAUCAAAUCUGUGGAGGGAUAUACAAAAACCGCAACAUGGGACAAAAUUUUGAAAGAUUCAAAGCAAAUUUAUGAUACAUACGUUGACAUCCAGGCCGUUCACAAGCUAUGUGAACGUCGUGACCAGCAGAAGGGAAGCCCAGUCACAGAAGGUGACAUGGUGUUUGAGAAUGCCACCCUCUUUCUCCGUGACGCUUUGCUCUCGCGUGAGUUUGCUGAUGCAGUGAAGGUCGGUGAUUCAGGCAGGAUAAUUUUGGUUUUGAAGCGAUGGGUUUUCAGUUACCGUGGAAAUGGCCGAACAAAGUACGCCUAUGAGAUGCUUCACCUGCUUCACAACAUCACCCAUGUUUGGCCAAAACCAUUACGUGAUGUCAUUCUCAACAACUGGCUGCUCAACUUACAUGGAAAGGAGGACGGUUUUGUUGAGGUUGAUUUGGUACAGGAGCAUCUGAAUUUUUGGAUCAAGGCUCAUGGCAGUAACUCAAGCUGGGAAUGGCUUGCAAUGAUCUCACCUUGCAUUGCUACCCUUCGGAAACUCGCAACCAACAUGGCCAACACAGUUGGAGAAGCCACUCAGGGAACACGCCAUGCUGCCGCCGACCUGUCAAAAGACAUAAACACCAUUAUUGAAUCCCUUGAGCAGCACAAGGUAUAUCAAAUUAUCGACGGCCGUAUUCUUGACAAUGACGAUGCACCAGUCAAAGAUGUCAUUUCUGAGGGCAUAAUUCACCUGACCGGGCCUCUGCACGAUUACAACACAGCAUUCAAGUCUCUUCAAGCUCGGCGAUGA